AUGGCAGCGAGAGCCGCCGUAGGCAUUGACGAGCUUCAGGACUCUCUUGCUGCGUGCUAUGAGACGAUCAACAACAGGCCAACGUCCGGGUGUAGCCAGCAAGAGGUGCUUCUGCUCUUGCAGGACAUUUUCUACUUUCCAGUUGUCGAACAGAUCCUGAGAGAAAUCGAACUGCUUGAGGGACGGUCGCUGGACGAGUAUGGGGACAAGGAUUUCAUCGCCAUCGUCAAUUCUCGAGGGUACCAUCUCCCUGAAUCCUUGACGCGGGAGGCGCUCUCGAACUUCGCCUUCAGACGGGUGAUCCUCUACAACCUUCUCGUCGACUUGCAGACCUGUCGACUCGUCGCGAAGAAGCGCCUCGCGGCAGGGUUGGCGUUUCCGAGCGCUGCGCUUUUCGGAGGUGUCUCUACACCCGAGGCAGCUGCGGCUGGCCAAGCCCAAGAGAGUCUGCAGGCCAUCAAAACAAUUUGCCGCGCCGUCGGCGUUUCUGCUGAUUCCUGUUCCUCGCUUCACGAGGCCGUCAAGAAAGACGUCUUUUCACUAGCUGCCCGAAAGAUCACUGGGCGGCCUGCGCUCGCAAGCUCCGACGCGCUGGUCCCUCCGCUACCAGUCGACGUUCGCGGCGACAGUCCCCUUCUCACCGAACUGAAGUCGAUUACAGACGUCCUCGACCAGGAGUACCGCUUGCGACGAAGAGUGAUGCUGCGGCGCCUGGACGUGACAAUCCAGGCGUUUCUCUGGUCCAAAAAGGCAGAUGAAAAUGAAGCCGCAAUCGCGGCGCUGUUACAAGGCAUGAUGGCGUGGCGGGAGGAUCUUCUGAACAAACACGUGAACGUGUACGACGUCUUCGCAGUGGAUCGUUCUCUGUUGACCUCACGGAUGGCGCUUCCGAUUUCGCGUUCUGAGCCAUCGAAACCCGUUUUGUCCAUCAAGACCUCGAUUAUUGGUCCGGUCCCCGAUCGCGGCGGCAUCCCCGAAGGCUACAGCAUGAAGCAGAUCCAGAACGACGUGCGACGCGCCAACGAAUCGAUGAGACAAAAAGACGGCGACCGCCGCGCGGACCACAGGAGCUUUGAGGGCCGCGGGCGCGGGCGCGGCUGGGGGAGACACGGCGGGGACGGCCCCGCUCGGAGCGCGCCGCAGUCCUUUUCCAACGCCGCGCCUGCGGGGCCAAGCCACGCGGAGCCUUCUUUUGCCUCGCGCGGCGCGGCAGGGAGCUCGGAGCGCAGCGGCGAUGUGUCUGCGAAGCGGAGCGAACAGAGACACUCGUUCCGGCCGGUGCGAAGUCAGCCCGCGGGGGGCGUCGCCCGCGGCGGCCGAGGAGACAGAGGCCGAGGAGGCGGUUUCGGAGGACGGGCAGCCGACAGGCCAGCUACCUGGAAGUCUGCGCUGUGA